AUGGAAGGCCAAGAGCACAUUGUGAUGCUGCCAUUUAUGGCUCAGGGCCAUCUCAUACCAUUCCUUGCACUGGCAAGGAAAAUCCAACAAAGAACAGGAUUCACAAUCACCAUUGCCAGCACCACCCUCAACAUCCAAUACCUCAGUGCAACCAUUGCCUCAACCUCAAACUCUCAAUUAGACUCCAACAUCCAUUUGGCUGAGCUUUCAUUCUGCAGUACGGACUAUGGCUUGCCCCCAAACGCCGAGAACACGGAGGACUUGCCUCUAAGCAAAAUAGCAGAUCUUGUUGCUGCAUCAACAGGUCUUGAGGCUCCUGCUCACCGCCUAAUCUUGGAUAUCAUCGCAAAAGAAGGCCGCCCGCCCCUUUGUAUUGUCUCUGAUAUGUAUUUUGGAUGGGCAGCUAAUCUUGCAAACAACUUAAGCACUAAAGAACUCAUCGACUUUGGAUUCAAGUGUUUCAAGGCAACGUGCAGGAAAAGAGUUGGGCAUACCUGCUGA